UGAAUCAGAAGGUGGACUGGCAGCAAACUGCAAACUAAGAUGGUGAAGAUCUGUGGAAGAGGCAUGGUGAUGGUGGUAACCAUUUUCCUGACAACUAUUUUGUUUGUGGAGUUCGCCCAAUCUCUGAAAUGUUUUUCAUGCCGGGAGCCCACAAGACCUGAGAAAUGCAUGGCGGUGAUGAAUUGCAUGCCAGACCAAACCACGUGUAUGACGACAAUGCAUUCUAUUGAAGAAGUCUACCCUUUUGUGGGCGAAUCCACCGUCACUCGGUCUUGUUCUCUGGCCUGCAACCUCUCCGAGAUAGAUGCAAUCGGUUCCACGCGCCUGAUCAUCUGUUGCCACACUGACCUCUGCAACCACGAUGGGGCCUCCUGGCUAGAGAUCAGCUACACCAUGUUGGGGGGACUGCUGGUUUCUUUCUUCCUCUUCCUCCGUUGA